AUGGCGGCCUUCGUGCGGGUCUCUGGGCCGCCGAACAGUAAUUUCCUCGUGGGAUACCCGGGUAUAUCGGCGACGCUGCCGCGCAUAGAAGGCAAAGUCGAGAUCCGCCCCCUCAUCGGCGUCUCCGCCCCCGUCCUCGUCUCCCUCGUUACCAUCGCCCUCGUCCGCCGCGAAACGAUCCACCCCUCCGCCGACUCCGUCACCAAGAAACACCUCGCCGCGCCGCGCAAAGAGAUCGCCGACGUCGUCGGCAAAGAGAUGCUGCUGUUCCGAUGUCCCGCAGGGAAAGAGUACGAGUCCGUGCUGUGCAUGGACCUCCCCUUCGUGAUCUUCAUCCCCUACGGCCGCGGCGGCGAGGAGGUGGCUCGGCGCGUGCCGCCCGCGAGUCUGCAGCUGCCGAGCCGGACGGCAGAGACGUUUUACGAGCUCGUGGUCACGGUGCAGCAAGGGCAUCAGGAGCAGAAGAAAUACCCGUUUCCCGUACCGAUAUGCAGAUACGAUACGCUGUCCACGUUUGGGAUGUACAACCGGCCCGAGAGCGCGGAGCGCGUCACGGACCACCUCGUCACGCUUGGCAUCUCGCUGCCGCGCUGGUCGUACGGCCCCCUCGAUCCGGUGAGCGUGUAUAUCAAGCUGAGCCCGAACCCGGAUUGGUUGUCCAGGGCGCGGAAGGUGACGAUCCAGAAGAUCACGGUGGGAAUCGAGGAGGAGAUUACGUAUAAUCAUGAGGGGGAUGAGCCGAGUAAGAAGGUCAAGGUGCUGGCGAAGAGCACGCAGGCGAUUGGGGUCAAGAUGCCGGAGGCGGGGUAUUUCACAAAUUUGGGGCUGGUGUUUCCGGCGAAGGAUCUUAGGGAUAGUGAGGGCAUUGUGCCGAGGGGGAAAAAGGAGUUUCCGACGUUUGCGGUUGGGGGGUUUACGACUACGGGGACGCUGUAUAAGAUUGAGUACUUCCUUACAGUAAAAGCCCAAAUGUCGUCGGCAAAGGACAUACUGGUACGGCAGCCCAUCGUCGUCUGUCCGUUCGAUCACGCCGGCUGCAAGGAGGAAAUGGAGGCGAUAGAGCAGGCAGCGAAGGAUGCAGCGCACGUUAGCCCGGACAACCCGAUGGUCCCCGCUUCAUACAUCAUCAAAGCGAACGAGCCUGGCGGUCUUGGUGCGCUGGGUAUGGCUAUUGUCGGGGGCGUGAGGAAACCGCUGAUCGACUGA